AUGUCUGACAAGCUUACACGUAUUGCUAUUAUCAACUCGGACAAGAAAUGUCGUCAAGAGUGCAAGAAGGCCUGCCCUGUCGUCCGUACCGGUAAACUCUGUAUCGAGGUCACCCCCGAGUCGAAGAUCGCCUUCAUUUCCGAGCGCCUGUGUAUUGGUUGCGGUAUCUGUCCGAAGAAAUGUCCCUUCGGCGCUAUUCACAUCAUCAACUUGCCUACCAACCUGGAGAGCCAGGUCACCCACCGUUACUCGGCCAACAGCUUCAAGCUUCACCGUCUUCCCAUGCCCCGCCCUGGACAGGUCCUUGGUCUUGUUGGAACAAACGGUAUCGGAAAGAGUACUGCUUUGAAGAUUCUCAGUGGAAAGCUCAAGCCUAACCUGGGUCGUUAUGAUAAUCCUCCUGACUGGGAGGAGAUCCUGAAGUACUUCCGUGGUUCCGAGUUGCAGAACUACUUCACCAAGAUCCUGGAAGAUGACUUGAAGGCUGUCGUGAAGCCUCAGUACGUUGACCAGAUUCCUCGCGCCGUGAAGGGACCCGUCAAGGAGGUGCAGGCGCUCAUUCAGAGUCGUGCCCAACUUGACAACAUGGAGGAGAUCAUGGAUGUUUUGGAAUUGAGACAGGUUGCCGACCGUGAUAUUAAUCACCUUUCCGGUGGUGAGCUGCAGCGUUUUGCCCUUGGUCUGGUCUGUGUCCAGAACGCUGAUGUCUACAUGUUUGACGAGCCUUCCUCCUACCUCGAUGUCAAGCAGCGUCUGGCUGCUGCUCGUACCAUCCGAAGCCUUCUCCGUCCCGAUGACUAUGUUAUUGUUGUGGAGCACGAUUUGUCCGUCCUCGAUUAUCUUUCCGACUUCAUCUGUGUUCUUUACGGUCGCCCUGCCGUCUAUGGUGUUGUGACUCUGCCUUCCUCUGUCCGUGAGGGUAUCAACAUCUUCUUGGAUGGUCACAUCCCCACUGAGAACUUGCGUUUCCGUGAGGAAUCUCUCAGCUUCCGUCUGAGCGAGGCUGGUGACGACUUCCUUGCCGACAAGGCCCGUGCCUUCAGCUACCCCAACAUGGAGAAGACCCUCGGCAACUUCCACCUCAAGAUCGACUCUGGUCGAUUCACCGAUUCCGAGAUUAUUGUCAUGAUGGGUGAGAACGGAACUGGAAAGACUACUUUCUGUAAGAUGCUUGCUGGUGCUGAGAAGCCCGACCACGGCUCUUCGAUUCCCAAGAUGAACAUCUCCAUGAAGCCCCAGAAGAUUACCCCCAAGUUCCAGGGUACUGUGCGUCAACUGUUCUUCAAGCGUAUUAAGGCUGCCUUCCUUUCGCCCCAAUUCCAGACCGAUGUCUACAAGCCCCUUAAGCUUGACGAUUUCAUUGACCAGGAGGUCCAGAACCUGUCUGGUGGUGAGUUGCAGCGUGUCGCCAUUGUCCUGGCUCUGGGUAUCCCCGCCGAUAUCUACCUCAUUGACGAGCCUUCUGCCUACCUUGACUCUGAACAGCGUAUUAUCGCUGCUCGUGUGAUUAAGCGUUUCAUCAUGCACACCAAGAAGACUGCCUUCAUCGUCGAGCACGAUUUCAUCAUGGCUACCUACCUUGCUGACCGUGUCAUCGUUUUCGACGGUAAGCCCUCCAUCGACGCCCACGCCAACACUCCCGAGUCUCUGGUCACUGGCUGCAACAAGUUCCUGCAGAACCUGGAUGUCACUUUCCGUCGUGACCCCAACAGUUACCGUCCUCGUAUCAACAAGUACCAGAGUCAGAUGGACCAGGAGCAGAAGUUGGCAGGCAACUACUACUUCCUGGAGGAGGAGGCCUGA